CCACUCAGACUCGCCCUACCGUUGGUCGGUGUCUGAUACGUCGUGUCGUGCAGUCCCGUUUGAGUCUCCUGUUGCCACAGGUAGACAUCCCGACUCAGUCUCUCUCUGAUACCCUUUGAACGAAGAUCGUGCUGGUUGAGAAGUAGGAUCUUGAAGUAGUUUGUGACAAGUGCUAAAUUUAUAAAUAACGUAAAGUACUAGGUGAGCAAAUUUACACUUGUUUAUUGUGACCAAGUUACACCUUGCGGUUUCACUCAGCUGUUUUUGACAGAGAAUGAAAUAACACUGCUCUGUUCUGUUCGUGGUUUUAUAAAACGUUUUCGUAGACUCGCCGUUACUCCAGAAAGCGAAACUCAACAACAUGGCGAGUGAAGUAGGAAGCAUGAGGCCCAACCCUUACAUCUUCGAUAUAGAAAACAGGAAGAAGAGGAAACCCAGACUGGCACAUGAUCUAGGAGCUGGAGCCAAGUGUAACAAAUGUGGCGACAAAUGUCCAGGGUUUGAGCUUCAUUUUUGGAGAAAAAUAUGCAUGAACUGCAGGUGUGGAAAAGAUGAUCAUGAAGUUGAAGAUGACGACGAGGAUAUUGGACAGAUUGUCAUUGGAAAAUUAUUUGACCGACCAGCACGAACAGAAAAGGAGGAAUUGGAAUACUGUUAUGGCAACAGUUUGGAGAUUGUCAACGAGGAGACUGGAAAAGCAGAGAAUGUAAAGUUCGACUGGGUUCCUCCAAAUGUUGAAAAGACACUGGCCUCUCGUUACAUGGAACUUCUUCCACCGGAUAAGCGACCCAUUGCGGGCUCUGAAGCAGCUAAAGCCCGUCGUCGUCAGUUAGAACAACAAGUACCCCUAUAUGAUAUGGAUGCUGCUCAAAGAAGUGACAGUUUACCACCAGAAGAGCUUCAGAAUUUCUUGGCUUACUUGGAGCGAAUCAGAACUCAGGUGGCAGGGCAAGGCACAGUCCAAGAAAUUGUCGGGGUCUCUGCUCCUUCAUAUGCAAAACCUCUCCAGUGGCAGUCAGCACCAGAAUCAAACCAGUUAGGAACCCCUGUAGGGAACCUGGAUGCCAAUGGGAAUAUUGGUUAUUAUCCAGAUGUUCAGCCUGAGGUGGAUUUGCAUAGCAAAGGGGCUGUAGACCAAGCCAACAUUCAGAAUAACAAUGUUGGAAUAGAUAGUACAACUCAGACAGUCAACACUGAUCCUGUAACUGGUGAGCUUAGACGUGGAAGCAGUCAGAUGCCCAGUCUUCGUCAACAAUUCCUUGGUGGGAUGGUAGGAGAACCAGGAGGAAUUACUCCUUUCAGAAAAGUAGACUCUGCCCAUAGUACCCCAUAUGGUGGAACCCGCAUGACUUCUAGGCCACUGUAUGGUAUAGGAGAAGAGAAAGCACUUGAAGGAAUGUCAGCAGAACUUUCUGAUCUUAACUUGAAGGAAGAUGUUCCAGGAAGACAACCACUUGUAACAGGACUUCCUCCUUCUGGAAACUUCAGAAUUGAUUCUACACAAAUUCCUUAUUCCGGUGCACCUAAAGGUUAUCGUCCAGUACGACCUGCUCACCUACAACAUCAGGGUAAUCAGACUGACUUCCCAACUCAGCUUCAGCAUCAGGGUAAUCAGACAGAUUUACUGGGUGAUGUAUCACCUCAGUCCAAGCAGUCUGGUUUUGAACCUAACAUGCCUGCAUAUCAGCAAGAGCGACGUGAUGGAACUGAGUAUCAACCUGGUCAGCCUACAUACCCACCUGGCCAACCACCCUCCCAGUCCAAGGAUAUAAUAGGUUUCCAGCCUGACUACCAACCAGGGCAACAUGUCACAACUGGGUAUCCGCCUGAUCAACCUGGUUAUAAUUUAGUACCUACAAGUAAUGCAAGCUCUCAGGCGACUCACCCCAGCAGCCAGCUAAAGCCACCUGCUCAGUUUAAUUAUGAACAUAAUGAGGACCAGUCUCUAGGAUACUUACCACCAAUGCCAGGCUAUGAACAGGGCUACCAGACUGAACAGCUGGGACAACCUGGCUAUAGAUCUGGUCUUACAGACCAGGGUACGUUUUCACCACAUGAUGUUCAGUCAGAUGACCUAGAAUUUCCUCCACCACCUCCUCCAGAACUACUUGCUUUCCCCACUGAUCUUCCGGGUAGUGAUGCUGGCAGUAUUGACAGUGGAGUUGAAGUCUAUGAUAACAUUGGUGCCAAAUUAAAGGCCAGGAUAGAUGAAGAAGGAAUAAAGACCCCAUUACAACAAAUGUUAGCCAGAGAGAGAAAUAUAGCAUCAAUUGAAGCUAUGCAAGCACCGUAUGGAGCACAGAUAGACACGCUUACAGGUGGCAUGUCCAUAGCACCAGGUAGCAACGUCAAUGUUCUUUUCCCGAAAGAAAGCCAGUUGAUUGGAUCACAAGAUAAAAAUGCUGGUACCAGUGGACACAAGAGUAAAUAUUCAUGUCAGGGUUGUAAUCUCCCCAUGAAUGUUGGAGAUGUAGCCAUUUUUUGUGAAAGGGCUGGAAAUGAUAAGUGUUGGCACCCAGCUUGCUUUUCAUGCUAUACUUGUAAAGAAUUAUUAGCAGAUCUCAUCUACUUCUACAAAGAUGGGAAAGUUUUUUGUGGACGACACUUCACAGAGUCAGAAGAAAUGCCUAGGUGCAAAGCCUGUGAUGAGCUAAUCUUUGGAAACUCCUGGACCAGAGCUGAUGGAUUUGACUGGCAUAUCAAUCAUUUCUGUUGCAAUGUUUGUGAUACUCCCAUGGCUGGCCAGCGUUAUGUCCCCGAUGACAAAGGGUACCCUUACUGUUUACCUUGUUAUAUGUCCUGCUUAGCAAAGGUUUGCGAAGGAUGUGAAGAAAAAAUUUCCCCAGAGAUUAACAGAUGUGGUCAUAGAGGGUACUUCUACCAUGCAACACCACAAUGUUUCAAGUGCUACUCAUGUAAGGAGCCUCUUUUGGGGAAAAGAUUCAAGAUGUCUAAAAAUUGGGUCUUUUGCUCCAAUGAAUGUAUUCAAGAAGCAGCAGCUGACUUAGCUAUAAACCCAAAUCCCAAAAUAAAAGAAGUUUAAGUGAUAGUGGUUUACAUAUUUUGAGGUCGUAAAUUACAUCUUAUUCUCACAAACAUACUGUAUUUAAACUAGUGCAGUAUCAUAGAUACCUUGAUUGAUGUCAGUAACUGAGAAAAUACUGUAAUUGAACAAGUGAGGCUUCCAAUAAGGUGAUUAAAUAUGUUCAGCAUACUGCACAUGCUUGCAUUCAGGGAGAAAUGAUGGGUAAUGACAGUUACCCUCAAGCUUAUGCCUGCUUUUUCACAGCUUACAUUUUCUUAGAAUUCUUAUGUACACAAAUGCUGUUUUUAUGGACAAGUCCAGUUUUUGCAGUACCAUAUAGUAUAUAUUUUUGCUUUAAAAAAUGUCGGAAUCCUAAGGUUUAUCAUCAAAAUACUAAGUAUAUGUAUUUUUGCUUUAAAAAUGUCAGAAUCCCAAGGUUUAUUAUCAAAAUACUAAGUAAAUUUUCCCUUCUACACCUACACCUACAGCUACAGCAGUUGUCAAGUUUUUCAUUAAAAAUCUCACCAUUCUCAUUUUUAUUAAGUUCAUUGAAAGUAAAAGUGUCUUGUGCAAAAGCUACUGCACAAAAAUUAUGGCACUGUAUUUCAGUCUCAAAUCAGUUUUUCCAACACUGAACUUUUGUUCUUAGUUUAGAUCUUUUACUUAUGGGAUUCAUUACUUCCCUGCUACAACAAAACUUAAUUGAGAAAUCACGUUAGUCUAAUUAUUUUAGCUUUAGUAAUUCUUACUUUGCCAUGAGAAUUAAACAUGGCAAAAGUCCUGUUAAGAAUUAAAGAAUUAGUUCUUUAAUUUUUUUAGAGUCAGUUAGCUAAUAAUUUGUAUGUACAUUUAAAUCUAUAGUACUGUGUGGGUUUGAAAUGACCUACAUUUCACAGUAAAGGUGCUACAGUAUUUUAUAAGAAAAAAAGAAUGCCAUGGAAAAUGUAUAUAGUUUUAUAUUUGAUUAAUACAUACUAAAAAGAUAUUCCUACUUGAAAAUGUAUGAUGGUUUACACUAUACUAAAAUAUUGUACGUAUAUGGUUUAUGUAUACAUUGAAGAUAUAUUUUUCCUUAUUUCACUGUGCACACAUUCAUGUAUGUCCUUCAUAACUAUGCAAAACACAAUGAAUAUAUAUUUAUAGAACCCAAAAAGUUAAAAGGUUUUUCAUGAAUAAAAAUUUUACAUA